GUCCUUACGAUAUCAACUGUUUAAGAGUCAAAAGUCUUUCCAUAUGCAUAAUCAAUUUGUUAGGUAAGAUGAUGUGCUAAGCGUAUGAAUGGGUGUAUAAAUGUCACAAGAUUUUAAGAGCAUUUGAACUUCAUCUACGGGAUCAUUUACUGUACAUAGUAUGGCUCAGGAGAUAAAGGUGAAAGUGAACAUGCAUAGUCAAAAAUGCAGGAAGGAUGUACUGAAAACGGUCACUAAAUUAUCUGGUGUUAAUGAGGUAUCGGUAGAUUUAGCGAAGGAGAUGUUAGUUGUGAUUGGAGAUGUUGAUCCCGUUUCCAUCGCAACUUGUUUAAGGAAGAAACAAAGGGUGGCUAAUAUUGUAAGUGUUGGACCGUACAAAAAGAAGGAGAAGGAAGCCGAUAAACCGAUUGGUUUUCCCAUAAUGUAUUGUAACAAUCCUUGUCAAAAUGGAUAUGGACAAUUUGUGUAUGGGCAUCCACCAUCCCAUGAUGGUGGAGGAUGCAACAUUCUUUAGAAUGGAUGAUGCACAAACUAUAUAUUGUACAAGACGAAAUUCUAAACAUCUUACUAAAAUUUUAGAAGCA